CUGUCCGCGGCGGACGGCAGGAUGGGGAAGGCGGCGGCCCUCGGCGCCGAGCUGGGCGUGCGGCUCACCCUGUUCGCGGCCUUCCUGGUAACGGAGCUCCUUCCUCCCUUCCAGAGGCGGAUCCAACCCGAGGAGAUGUGGCUGUACCGGAAUCCGUAUGUGGAAGCAGAGUAUUUCCCUACCAAGCCCAUGUUUGUCAUUGCAUUUCUGUCCCCACUGUCUGUGAUCCUCCUGGCCAGAUGUCUCAAGAAGGCAGGUGCGACAGACAGCAAACAAGCCUGCCUGGCUGCCAGCCUUGCCCUGGCUCUGAAUGGUGUCUUUACCAACACAAUAAAACUGAUAGUGGGCAGGCCACGCCCAGACUUCUUCUACCGCUGCUUCCCCGACGGGGAAGCCCAGUCCGACUUGACGUGCACAGGGGAGAAGGACGUGGUGAAUGAGGGCCGCAAGAGCUUCCCUAGUGGGCAUGCUUCCUUUGCCUUUGCUGGUCUGGCCUUCGCUUCCUUCUACCUGGCAGGGAAGUUACAUUGCUUCACACCACGAGGCCGUGGGAAGUCUUGGAGGUUCUGUGCCUUUCUGUCACCUCUCCUCCUCGCGUCUGUGAUUGCGCUGUCCCGCACCUGUGACUAUAAGCAUCACUGGCAAGAUGUACUAGUUGGAUCCGGGAUUGGCCUGACAUUUGCCUAUGUCUGCUACAGGCAGUAUUACCCUCCUCUGACGGAUGCAGAAUGCCAUAAGCCAUUUCAGGACAGACUUGUACUGCCCAUGGCACAGAAGCCUGGUGACCCUUAUCAUUUUAGUAUUUAGAAAUCAGAACUACCUCAAUGGAGAUUAGGUGAAUCAGCCCCUCCUAACUGCGCAAGACAAGAAAGUCUGACCUUUUUACUCUUGAAGAGAUACAGGUGAGCACUUCAUUCUGUGUAUGUUUAUGCAGUUUUGCUCACAUGGAUUUGUCAUGAGUCAAGGUUCAAGGUUUUUUUUCACGACUCUGUGCCACACAUUCUGAUAAAAAGAUCUUCCAGUAGUCCACCAGAUUGGUAUCCCAAGAUCUACAGCAUUUUACAUUUAAUUUAAAUGUCAUUCUUGGAAGGAUCUUUCACAAAGAAACCUUUACAUAUCCUAGAACCCCUAGAACCCAGAGUUGAAUUUCCAUUUUCCAUAGCUCAGAAUCUUAAAACCCAGGGCAUGACCAACUAAAUUAUUUUGGUUCUGUUUUUACUUUCUCUGGUGACAAUUCCAUCAAGCCUUAAAUAGGAAAAUGUGCAGUUGUGGCUUCCUUACCGCAUUAUACAUGUAUCUUAUUUGAGUCUAGCCAGAUACUGCUGUCCAUUUUGAAUCCUGUGGGCAUAAAUUAUUUAUUGAAUCACUAAAUAA